GAGUGACUGAAGGGCUCAAGCCAAAACUCCGUCCGUGAUGUCACGAGUCAGUAACCGGUGAAAUCCAACACCACCAGCUGGUAGGAUGGGGUUGUGAUGGGCUGAGUACGGGUUCCCCUCGCAUCAGUGCAAGUCAAGGCACAUAGCAGAAGCCACCGCCUGGAGGCAAAGACGCAUGGAACUGAAUCUGCUGUGUUGGAGACCAAGAAGAAGUCGAGUGCUAAUUCUGAGAGCAGUCAAGUUUACACUGGUGCAUACCGACUCGCUGCACUGCAAGUCCUUCUCUCCCCCCUAUGCAACUGUUGCGCGUCUCCACUUUGGAUAGAAGUAGCUUGAUCACUGCGCGCCGCAGAGCGCAAAGGAACUGAGGCUUUGGUUUUGAAAGAGUUUGGAGAGACCUCUCCUCAGGACUGCAGCAGCUACGAUGAGGAAACUCUGAGGUGGCAGUUAUCUCCGUCCGCUUUAUGCUUCCUUUGGCUCUUACCAAAGGUUAGCCCAUGUGCAGGUAUCCCCUUGAGUGUGAUUCUGUUUUCACCCAGAUCUCUGCUGCCUGGACAAAUGCAUACAAAUGCAUUUAGGAGCUCAACGGACAAGGAGUGGACACGUUUCCGCGGCAGCAACGUGGAACUUUCUCCUGCUCCUGUCAGUAUGCUCAGCAGCACUCUCUGGAGAAGAUUACGCAGCUCAAGGAGUGGAUAUCCUUUAUCGAUUGGGGCUUACAACUCAAAGCCACACAGACGAUACCUACGAAAGGACAAGCUCACAGCCUCCCACUUAUGCAAAUGUUCCCUCACCUUUCGAUGGCCCCUUUUCUGGAUAUGGGGUGUUGCUCGACUCAAACUCCCUCUAUGAGGCGCCAGUGCCCAAUCUAUUCCCUUCAGAGUUUGGCGAAGAGUUCUCCGUUAUAGUUAGCCUAAGCUCCUGGCGAGCAAACAAUGCAUUUCUUUUUAGUAUCAAGGACGGGAGGGACCGGUUGCGUUUUGGCAUUCAGUUGCUGCCACGCAGAGUGGUGGUUUAUACUGCAGAGAAAGCCUCCAUCUACUUCAACUACAACUGGCAGGAUGGGGUCCUCCUGGUCCCCCUGGUUUACCUGGUCCUCCAGGAAAAAGAGGCUCUCGGGGUCCCCCUGGUCCACAUGGAAAACCAGGACAGCCUGGACCACCUGGACCCAAGGGUUCAAAGGGAGACCCUGGGCUGUCUCCAGGUCAGGCUCCACCAGGAGAGAAGGGUGACAGAGGACCUCCAGGUCGUCCUGGACCCAAUGGAUUUCCAGGCUUACUGGGUCCUAAAGGUUAUCUGGGUCCACCUGGACCACCAGGAGAACAAGGCAUACCAGGACUUCCUGGGGAAGCUGGAGCUGCAGGUUACCCUGGCAGGCAGGGCUCGGCCGGGCCACAAGGGUUUCAUUGGGCCUCCGGGCGAUGCUGGCCCACCCGGGCUGGAAGGGGAGAAAGGCAUACCUGGACCUGCUGGAAGACCUGGCCCCAAAGGAAGAUAUGGUGUCAUGGGGGAUGCUGGGGAGAGGGGGCCUCCUGGUCCAGAUGGAAAUGAGGGCCCUGUUGGUGGGGCUGGCAUAAGUGGCUUUCCUGGUCUAAGGGGAGACCCAGGGCCCGAGGGACCACGAGGACUGCCUGGUAUGGUGGGACCUCAGGGCCCAACAGGACGAGCCGGCCUGCCUGGAUUGAAAGGUGAUAAGGGUGAAACCGGACAAAGGGGCGAGCCAGGAGAGAUGGGGUACCAGGGGGAUAAGGGUGCUGCUGGUGCACCUGGUCUUCCUGGGCCCAGAGGGAAACCAGGGCCACCGGGUAAAAUUGGAGAAAUGGGUGUGCCUGGAUCACCUGGGCCUCCAGGACCAGAGGGGUUUCCUGGGGACAUUGGAGCGCCGGGCCCAAACGGACCACCUGGUCCAAAGGGUUUGCAGGGUGAGAGAGGACCCCAGGGUCCGCCAGGGCCUAAAGGAAUACAGGGCGACGAAGGACCACUCGGCCCACCCGGCGGGCCAGGCCCUACUGGGAGACCUGGAAGGAAAGGCCACAUCGGUGAACCUGGCUCCGAGGGUUUACAGGGAGAGAAAGGGGACAUGGGAAAUAUUGGAAAAGUUGGACCACAAGGUCCAGCAGGCCUGAUUGGGAUAGCUGGGGUGAUAGGAGUUCCUGGUGAAAAGGGUGACCGGGGACCACCAGGUCCAACAGGUCCAGCCGGAGAGAAGGGGCCCAGGGGUUAUCCAGGGUUGCCAGGGAGCCCAGGGGACAUCGGCAUGCAAGGUGCACCUGGUCCACCAGGACCGAGGGGCAGUCCAGGCAUUGCUGGGCCAAAGGGUAGAAGGGGACCCCGAGGUCCAGAUGGCCCACCGGGAGAACUGGGUCCUGAGGGCAUCAAGGGUGAAAAGGGGGAGAUUGGACCUAAAGGAGAGCCAAGCUUAAUAGGCAAGGCUGGAAAUCCAGGAGAGAGAGGCCCUCCUGGGAAGCCUGGAAAACCAGGUAUUCCAGGCAGCACCGGGGAGAGGGGAGCCCAAGGUGAACCAGGACCCAGAGGACCUGCUGGAGAGGCUGGACCUGAUGGAGAACAAGGACCUGAAGGUUUACCAGGCUUAGAGGGAGAACCAGGUGCCAUUGGAGAGCCAGGGGCAAAGGGUGAUGUUGGGCCUCCAGGAGCUGAAGGGGAGCAGGGGCAGGAGGGAAUGAGAGGUCCUCCCGGUCCCCCUGGUGAAGACGGACCUCAGGGAAAAGAUGGAGCCAAGGGUGAACCUGGAGAGCGUGGGCCUUUUGGGGAGCCAGGGGAGAAAGGGACAGAAGGGGAUCCUGGACCCCUGGGGCCACCCGGAGAGCCUGGGAAACAGGGCUUCCGUGGUCCAGAAGGAAAAGUGGGUCCCCCAGGAAACAGAGGACGGCACGGAAAGAAAGGAGAGAGGGGUCCUCCUGGUCUUGCUGGGGAGAUUGGCGCUCGGGGAGACAUCGGCCAGCCGGGCGAGCCAGGACUGAAAGGUGCCAGGGGAACUCGAGGCACAUCUGGUCAGCCUGGAGUCAUGGGGAUAGACGGGCAACCAGGACUUCCAGGAUACCCAGGGCACCUUGGAAAGCCUGGGCCCGUUGGCCCGCCAGGACCCAAAGGUGAAAAGGGUUACCCAGGCGAGGACAACAGGACCCCAGGACUGCCAGGGCCCUUAGGUGAACCAGGGCCUCCAGGGGAACGAGGAGAGCGUGGAGAGUCGGGGGAUGAAGGCUAUCAGGGCUAUAUCGGUACCCCUGGACCUCGUGGGGCUUCUGGACCACAAGGCCCACCGGGAUCUCCAGGCUCCCCCGGAGAACCAGGCCCAAAAGGAGAAAAAGGAGCUCCGGGUUUGGCUGGAAAGAAAGGUGCAAGAGGUCUGGUUGGAGCUCCCGGCAUUGAAGGGCCGACUGGUUUACCUGGGCUCACAGGAAUGAAGGGUUAUCCAGGCCCUGAUGGCCCCCCGGGACCAACUGGCUUAGCAGGACUCCCAGGAAAACAAGGUCGACAGGGUCAGAGGGGCUCAGUGGGACUGGAAGGGCCUGCUGGACGGCCAGGUCCAAUGGGAGAACUUGGACUUCCUGGACAUUCUGGAGAAAGGGGACCGCCAGGUCACAAGGGAGAACCUGGCCUACCAGGAGACAGGGGGGGGCCUGGAAUCAAAGGCAUGAAGGGAGCUGCAGGUGACCAGGGAAAGAAAGGAGACCCAGGACCCAAAGGGCUGUCUGGGGAAACUGGAGAUUUGGGCAUGAUUGGUUUACAGGGCUUACCAGGACCUAAGGGGCCAACUGGUGAUUUAGGACUGAGAGGUUUCCCUGGUCCUAAAGGUCCUAUGGGUACUUUGGGCUUCACUGGACCUCUAGGCCCUGAAGGAAAAAUGGGUCCAAUGGGAAAACCUGGGCCAAGGGGUCCAAAAGGAAACGGUGGUGAAAUGGGGCCUCAGGGACCACAGGGAAGCCCUGGACCCAGAGGACCCCCUGGCGCUCCUGGUCCAACAAGGGUGUUAUAUGACGACUUAGCAGUCUACAGUCCAUCCGCUUCCAAUGAUGCCCUGAGGACUGAGAGUUUCCAGAAUAUGGAGAUGAGCAUGCCAGACCAGAACACGGAAGUACUUAAGACUCUACAGUAUUUGAGCAGUGUGAUCGAGAGCAUCAAACAGCCUCUCGGGACAAAGGAGAACCCAGCUCGUGUCUGUAAAGACCUGCUGGACUGCCAGCACAAGUUAAAAGACGGUUGGUUCUGGGUUGAUCCAAACCUGGGCUGUACGUCUGAUGCCUUCCAGGUGUUCUGCAACUUUACAGCAGGGGGACAGACUUGUUUACAUCCAGUGUCAACUGAUAAGAUGGUAUUUGACAUAGGAAAUGUCCAGAUGAAGUUUCUCCAUUUACUGAGCAGUGAGGCUAGCCAAAGCAUCACGUUUCACUGCCUGAGUUAUCAACCCUCCAGCACCGCAGACAGCUUCAGCUCCAGUGGACACAAAGAGAACACCAGGCUUCGGUUUCGUGGCUGGAACAAACAGAUGUUUGAGAAAGACACACUACUUGAACCACAUGUGCUACAAGAUGAGUGCAAGAUCCAAGAUGGCAGCUGGCACCAGUCACGAUUCCUCUUCCAUACUCAGGACAGUGGUCAGCUACCAAUUGUAGACAUAGAGGAAUUUCCCACUUCACAAAUCAACAGUCAGCGAAACGUAGAAAUCGGUCCAGUCUGCUUCCUCUGAUACCAACGUCCCUAUCAUCGAAGCCACUUUUAUAAACCACUUAAAUCCGCAGACUUUUAAAAUUUCCUACCAAAGAGAUGCUGGCACAGCAAGGCAGACUGUAUCCCUGAGAGCUUGUUGCAUUUGCUGGAGAGCUUCAGCAGGACUUACUGUGAGACUAACAAAAACCCAACAUCGAACGGCAGGCAGCUCUACCUGGGAGAAAUCCGUCUCUGUGGAACACCCGUGCCAAAGAGGACAGUGUAUACUGAUAUUUAUCUACUCAAUGUGUAAAGUAUUUGUUUAGUUUUCACUCAAAAGGUGCAUUGGGCCACUGCAUAUGGACCCAUUUUACUUCCUGAUGACGGGGGUAGGGCCUCACAUUGCAGCAGCCUGUCCAAAACCCAAAACUCAAACCUGCCAUUCACUCAUGUUCGACCCCUUCAACUCCCAAACACACCAUCCUUGGAAGGGGUCGAAUCCAAAGGAUCAUGCCAGGCCUCUGCAGAGGGCACUGUCUAACUAAAGGUGCAAUAGCAUAUGGAAAAUGUGUGUGCUUUAAAUAUUUCAUUGUCCAAUCAGAGGCUAUAUUUGAUAUUGUUUUUCAUUAUGUUUUUGUCUUCGGUCCCAUCCAGUCGGACCUGUACAUCUUGACAGAUGGUACUCUACCUCUACCUGCUUUCAAAAAUAGUCAAAUUAGUCAUUUUUACCUUUUGUUUUGUAUGUACCGGUUACAUCAGAAUUUGUUAUGUUGUUUGAAUGCUUAUGUUGAUUUGGUCACUUCUAAUUUAUGAACCAUUUUUUGAUACACAACAUAUUUUCAUAGCUUUUCCUACUAUGUGGUAGUUUCCUCAGGGGAAACCUAUCAUUGGUGCUGCAACGUUUCCUGUGUAUAUAUUGACAGCAUACUUCAAUGUUUAUUUAUAACCUGGUUUUUUUUUUUGGUUUGUUUUUAGAUUUGUUAUUAUUAUUUUUUUGGUCACCUUACUGUACCACAGUAAGUUAUACUCUCAGAGAACUUGCUUACUUGGUCAACCACAGCUCGGUCUAGAGGAGUAUUUAUGUUUGGUGUGUGUGUGUGUGUGUGUGUGUGUGUGUGUGUGUGUGUGUGUGCACACCUGUGACUGUGUGUUCAUCAUACUGCUUUAUAAAUUCAUUCAGAAGUCAAAUGCAGCUACGGGAGGACAAAAUCAAAAAACACAGAAAACAGUCAUCAUACUCUUAAGUUAUGUUACCAUUAAUUAAGUGUAAUUAUAUAAAGUUUGUGGAGGACAAAGUUGGAUGCAAAUGUGUAAAUAAAAAAAUAAUUUUAGAAACAAAUAAAUGGGACA